GGCGCCACACUGUGUAAAGUGCAGCGCCUAUGGCUUGGGCGCUGCACAUUGACUUAAGCCGCAUCGGGCCAGCCCCUCCCAGGCAGUUCUUCCCCCUUUGAGGAAGUUGCUCUCCGUACAGAGAGCGGCAGCGGCGCCCCCUUCGGACCCCCCCACACCCCUCUCAGAUAUGAAGUUUUGAGGCCCGGAUUCGAUCUCCAAUCCCUCCUACUAGGAUGGUUUGGCUUCUCGACAAUGCCAUUGACACACAACACCGGGCCUACAUGAUGCGCGAGAAGGGGCUGAAGCUUGAACCUCUGAAGAUUCAGUAUCACGGGGUCUCUGGUCCUGCCAUGCCUUACGAUGAGCGGUACACACGGUACAUCAAGCAGGCAGGACUACUCCCGUGGAUUCAGUUGGUCAGCCGGUCCACGCCGAAUCUGAACGCUCCACUGGUGUCCGCUCUUGCUGAUCGGUGGAGGCCGGAGAUGCACAGUUUCCAUCUUCGGACUGGGGAGAUGACCGUGACGCUCGAGGAUGUCUCGUUGAUCACCCGUCUUGCUAUCGAUGGGAUGCCUCUCUGUAUGAGCACCGAUUCUGAUGGGUGGCGCGAGCAGAUGAUUGCUCUUAUCGGGAUGGCUCCUAUCGAGGCUGAGGCUGAUGUAGAGGAGGGAGAAGAGCCGAAGAAGAAGGAAAGGAAAGCAGCCGGAGCUGCUUUCACGUGGAUUCAAGCAAACUUUGCGCAUUGCCCUGCGGAUGCCACUGAUGAUGUGAUACAGACACAUGCUCGUGUCUAUAUGUGGUACGUUGUCUCGAGGACUUUGUUUCCUGACUCCACACGGGCAAGAACGCCCCAUAGAUGUGGCUGAAGGCGUUGACCGUCUUUGAUAGCAAAUGGAGCUGGGGUUCAACGACUCUUGUGUACUUGUACCGACAGCUGGACGAUGCGUGUUGCAGGAUCACAGAUAGGGCAGGCAUUGGUGGUAAUAUGCUUCUACUUUCUGUAUGGAGCUGGGAGCGUCUGCCUGUUGGACGUCCGAAGAGCGUCAGGUUUAAUCCUUGGUAUGAAGAUGAAGAUGACGACUUACGGCGCCCCACUUGGGCUUACAAGUGGGAUGUGGUUUCCGAGAUGAGGAACGAUGUCAAUCUCAUGUACCAAAAGUACAUUGCCGAGUUGGACACGAUUACGCCUGAGCAGGUGGAAUGGCAGCCAUAUGGCGCCGAUGACAGACUUGGGUACACCCCGGAGUUUUCCAUCAACCCGAUGUGCUUGCGGGAUAGGGAUCUCUGGCUUAUGCGCUGCCCACUGAUAUGCAACUGGGCUGUUGAGUUUCAUUUGCCACAUCGCGUGUUUCGCCAGUUUGGUCUGUUCCAGCCUCACCCGCCGGAAUGGGUGGAUACGGACAAAGCACAUCAUAGGUUGGACAGGAGAAGGCAGCGAAAGAUAAAGGACUGGGACAAGCAUCAUGCUUCGUAUGUUACCCGCUUCCAGUUUUGCGCGGAGCAAGCUCGUAGCAGUGCACGCGGCCAGCUUCGUGAGCAUAACCCACUUGCUUUUGAUAACUACAUACGAUGGCUUCUUGAAAAUACUCGAGUUGAGAUAUGCCCGCCGGCAUAUAAUGAGGAUAUUCUUGAAGAACCCGUGAACUUUGAGGAUCUAUCAAAGGGGAAGUACAACAGAGAUGUCAGGGUAGGGCAAGGAGUCCCUGCUGUUCCAGUGAUUAACUAUGUGCGCACCGAGAUCAAGAAAGCAACUGAUGAGAGCUAGUCUAUUCUGGAGAACACACCGGUUGGAAAAGGCAAUGAUGAUGGUUCACUACGAGCAUUCCUCAAGCGUCAGGCCAAGAAGUUAAGGCGGUUAUCGAAUCUUCUCGGUUGCUGUGAUCCCGAAUUGAUGAACCAUCUGCCUCUAGGUCAGGUACACCAUCAGACCCCUCAUCUCACCAUCAGGGGGACGAUGUGAGUUCCUCAUAUGCUUAUCUGGAUGAUGAGGGUGCGGUCACCCAAGAGGGCCAUGAGCUUGAUGAUGACAUGACUUUGGCGGACGCUCAACUUCGGUCCCCAUAUGUGUUCAAGCCUAGGCAGCCCAGACGCCGGUACACGCCCAACGACUUUGACAACAGAGGCAACCCAAAGGUGGUCGUAGGGACCUCACGGAUGGCUAGCUUGGAUCAUGAGGCGGAGGCGGAGGCGGAGGAGGAAGUGCAGGAAGAGGAGGCUCGUCCACCCAGGAAGAAGAAGAUUGCCUGCAGGCGUGGCACCAGGAACACGCGCGGAAAGCAUUAGUGCUUGUGUUUGUUAGUGCUCUUGUAGCCGUUUCAUUAGGUUGAUGAACUUGUGAGGUUAUGUUAUAUGUUGGUGAACUCUUACUAGUGUGGUAUUUGUG